AUGCUUUACCCAUCGCCACCCCCUCUGGGUACCCAGACAGUUCACACACCAUCCUCUCCAUGCACUCCUGGAACCUCACCGACCAUUUACACUCCAUCCGCGUCUGAAUCUUCUUCAGCACCAGGCACAGGCACCCCCUCCUCCACCAGAUCUCCCCCACCAGCUCCAAUCAACCUUCGCGUCUCUUGGGAAUCCCUUUCAACCACCGCCGCCAGCGAUUCGACUGCUCCGCAGACCUCCACGGCACUCGUCCUCCAUUCUCCAAGGGUCGCAAGUGAUUCGAUUUCUCCGCACACUUCCACGACACUCGUUCCCUAUACUCCAACCUCUUCUCGCGUCGCGACGCCAAGCACCAACAGCUCUUCGCGCUCCUCCUCCACACCCACCAUCAUCCACACUCCUACCUCUUCGCAGGCUUCUGGCAACCCGUUUCCACGCUCGCUUGCUGCCCAUUUGAAUCUCGCAGCAAUGCCUGAAGUACCAUCGUCGCCCGUCUCCAUCCCGGAGUCGGAGCCCAGGGGCAAGGCCGGCGAGAUUAGGAUGCUGGGGGCUUACCUGUCCUACAAGAAACCUCAUCCUCCUGCCCAUGUCCUCGAGAUGCUCUGUGAAGAUACGGGGCUAAGCGAAAUCCAGGUUCUUGUAAGUUACUUCUCGAUCUCUAUCUCUCAUUUAUCCCAAUGUCUACUGCUGCCGCCGCCUUGUUGAAAAUUUCAAUCGAGCAACACAAAUGACGCAGCAAAUCUUUACUGACUUCCGCCUUAGGCUUUCUGGCAAUUGGAAUGGCUUCGCACCAAAUGGGGCGCUGAAAUCUGGGACACCCUGGAUAUUCACUGCAAGAAGAACCAGCGAUUCAUCCACAACUCACGAGCAAAGGACGAAUUCGCCUUGAAGACCGGCAUCGACAUUCGUUAUAUCCGAGUAUGUUACUUCCUUCAUGCCCUUUUUCCUUUAGCACCAUCCCCCUUUCGUUUCCUUUUCUCCUGCUUUGCAACUCUGAAGUCCCAGAACUGACAGGCGCUAUACAGGAAUUCUGCAGCCUCAAGAAGGUAUAUGAAGACCCCACUACCAUGGAGGAAGUCCAAGUCCAUUCUGGGUUCGCCCACCCCCAACAGGUAGCCAGUCCUGGCACCAUUGACUCGUCCUCGAUUACUGAGAGGCAACGUUCCGCUGGGACUGCUACCCCUGGAGUUGCUUCCAAGCACUCCGACGACCACAGUACUGUUCGGGGUGUUUCUGGUGUCUCGGGUUCCCGCGAGGGUUUUGACGAGGAGGGAGAGUGUCGCAAGGACGAGGACAACAGUGAGAGCUUGGGCUCGGAUCUCGCUGCUGUUUCCCUUGACGACGUCAGGGUCCCAUAUGGUGGUUGGGGAGAAUUCAUGAAUGAAGAAUAA